AUGGCAGCACCUGUCUGUGGAAAUCUCACUUCCCCCUGCGGGGAGCCGCAGCGGCGCCGUCCGGGCGGGUCUCCUCACAGGUUUGGUGGGGAAACAGCCCUCGUCGUAGGCGCCGCUUGCGAGCUCCCUGCAGAACCAGAGCUGUGUAAAAGAAGAAACUUUGUUGGGCACAAACCGGGCGCGAAGGCCAGCCGCCCCUCGGCCCGCCAUGUGCCUGUCAGAGAGCCGCGAGGGCGGGUCCGCGGGUGUUGGCGCUCGUCGAGCGUCGACUCGCGGCGCGGAUGUUCGCCUCUCCUGACAGGGUCAGAGACGGUGAGGAGCGGGGGGCGGGCUCCUCCUACCUCAGAUCCGGCUUCAGUUCGGGCGGGUUUGCUUCAGGUAAUGCGGCAGGAGCACCUGUGUCCUCUUGUGGCGGAAGAAGGCAGAGGACAGAAGGGGAGAGAGGUGGAAACAGGGAGGUGGGUGUGUUGGAAUGCAGGUUGUAACAGGAGCGUGUGUCUUCAACAGGCUGUUGAGACGGACUGCCCUCAGUUUAGAGACCUGGAAGCCUCUCAAGGGGAAAGAGGAGGUGAAAUGUCAACAAAAGUGUCAAACAUUAAACUGAAAAUUGAUCCUCGGGAUCUGCAGAUCCAGACGUUUACAGUGCAGAAAUUAUUGGAACCACUGAUAAUUCAGGUUACAACACUAGUGAACUGUCCACAGAAUCCUUCGGGUAAGAAAAAGGGCCGUUCCAAAAGAGCUAGUGUCUUGCUAGCUUCUGUGGAAAAAGCCACUUGGAAUCUGUUGGACAAGGGGGAAAAAAUUGCCAAGGAAGCAAGUGUGUUUAAAGAGGAACUUCAUGCAGCACUCACUGAUGUCCGGAAAGAGAGUCAAGCCUUAAAGGUAUCAGCAGAGGCAUUUACCAGUGAUCCCUGCUAUCUGCCCAAGAGGCAGGCUGUUGUCCAAGCAGCACGAUCUCUGCUUACAGCUGUCACAAGGCUUCUAAUUCUGGCGGACAUGGUUGAUGUGGCAUACUUACUGGAACAUUUAACUGUG